AGCCAGUUAGCCAAGCUGCACACUUGUCCUCCUCUAGUGUGCAAAGCCGACGUUGUCUGGGCCCGCCUGCUAUCGUUUGGGUCGGUCUGGGUCGUGAUGCCUCCUCUUUCAGAAGAGAAGAAGGCCGAGGCGGAGAUAAACAGAAUACGCAAGCUCCCCGAGAACAAGGUGUGCGCCAACUGCCUUACUCCUGGCAACCCGCUGCUGACGGCGGUGGUCAUGAAGUACAAGAUAUUUGUGUGCAGCACCUGCAAGUCUGCGCACCAGUCCUUCUCUCAUCGAUGCAAGAGCACGCAGAUGAGCGUCUGGACCAUGGAGGAGUGCCGUUCCCUGGAGGGUAAGAACGGCGGAGGCAACCACGUGGCACAGGCCACCUGGUUGGCGCGCUGCAGGGACAGCGAUCGGCCCAGAGAAGGCGACAAGCUUGAGCGGGUCAAGGACUUCGUGGAGGCCGCCUAUGAGCGGAAGAGGUGGUAUGACGAAGGAGGAGUCGGCGACGGAGGAGGAGGAGGGAGCUCCUCUCGCCGAGGCGGCCGGUCUCAGCGGGAGGAAAGCCCCGAGGCGCCACCACGUCGCCGCGGCGACCGAGGAUCCAGUGACGUUGCGCCCGCUCCCAGGAUGGCGCCGCCGAAGGGCAGCCCGCAGCCUGCCGAGACGAUUGACCUCUUCGGCACCGAUGUAGGCCCUGCGCCAGUGGCUGCUGGCGGCGGCUUCGAUCCCAAUGGUGGCUUCGAUCCCAGCUCCGCGUCGAUGUUCGACCCCAACGCUGGAGGGGGCUGCUCAGGGAGUGGCACCUCCGGCGCGUGCGGCGCUGCGCAGUCCCUCGCGUUCGACCCCUUCGUGUCCAGCCCAGCGCCGCCCGCGCAGCAGCCUCAUGGCGGCGGCCCCGCCUGGCAAGCAGCUGCUCCGCCCAGCGGCGGAUUCAACCCCAACGCAGGUGCGCCGAUGUCGGCGCCCAGUGCCAGCGCUGGCGGCUUCGAUGACUUCGCAUUCGACCCCUUCGUGUCGGCGCCAUCGUCCAGUGUGGCGCAGCCUGCUGGCCCAGCGGGCCAAGCGCCUGGAGGCUCCCUGGGAGGCUUCGACCCCAACGGGCCCGGCGGUGCCAGCAGCUUUGACCCGAACUUCCAGGCGGCGCCAGCUGUCGCGGCGCAGGGCGGCACUCUAGGUGGCUGCGGCGGCGCUGCGGGGGCCUCGGGCAUGUGGGGUGGCGCGGGCCCGUGCAUGGGCAUGCCCAGCAUGGCCGCCGGUGCGCAGCAGGGCGCGGGCGACCGCUUCGCCGCCCUCGGGGGCUACGCGCAGGCGCAGCAGCAGGCCCCCUGGCCACAGGCGCAGCAGCCGGCGCCCUUUGCGGCGCCCGGCGGCAUGGGGCAGCCGCAGAGCAGGUUCGCGGCGCUGGGCGCGCCGUGCGGGCCGCGGCCCGUGGGGCCCGCCGCGGGGCUCCCGCCGCAGGGCGCCGCCGCGCAGGCCCUGUGGGGCCAGCAGGCAGGCUGCUGCGGGCCAGCGUUCGGCGCGCAGCCGAACCUCGCGAUGCCCAGCGCGCCCGGCGCCGUGCAGCAGGGCGGCUUCAACCCCUCGGCGCCGGCGACGGGCCCGAGCAGCGUCCAGGACCUGCAGCGAAGUCUGCACAACCUGUACGACACGCCCAGCGGCCCUGCUGGCACGGGGCCAGCAGGUGGUUUCAAUGCCUUCGCGUUUUGAUCGCUGGCCUGAUUCACACUUUGCAGCAGAAAUACAACCUGGAAGUCUAGCCCUGCGCCCUGCCCCCUAGACUAUUACCUGGCCAGCUUAUGACAAAGGGGAGGGAGGUGAGGACAAGUUAGACAGAUGCUGUGGACUUGGAGGUGGACCUUCUCUUUUCUAAGCCCUGCUUGAGCAGAUCUCUCUGGGUGCCGUUGUAUACAAUAUCACGGUGCCCUUCUCGCUGCCGCUGCAAUAAGACGGAGGAGGUGCGAGCAGCUUCUUCGGGAGAUAUUGGCCUCCCAGCAUGCACGUGACUAGCAGGCGACGCUUUUCGCCCCCCUUCCAUUGUCAACGUAUUCAUCAAGUGGUCAAUCGGCUGUCUUGCUCUCGUGGAUGCGGCGGCCAAACUAUUUCUUCGAUACUUGAAUAAAGAUACCGACCCUUACAAGCAAUUCGGUUGAGCAGGAUGGGAUGCAGACGCACAUGGUUCCCUAGUGGACGGCACAGAAGCACGUCUACGCCCUCUCUCCGCCAGUUGGAGUCUCUCGCUGCUUUUCCAUGGCCAAUCAUAUUCUGUCUCAUGCCAGCGAAUCCCCGAUAUCUGGCCCAGUUUUGCCGUCCUUGUGUUCUCCCUCGGGAGAUCUCCUGGGGCAUGGUCAGAAAGCAGCCAAGGAAGAGUGAAGGGCAAGGGCGAGCUGGAUUCAGCCUCGAGAAGGGUGAGCUGGAGUCAGCCUCGAGAGCUCUUCUGGGCUUUUUCUGCCAACUACAGCGCUCCCGCUUUCCCCCUUCGUCGCCGUCGCCUUCUCCCACCCCGUCCCAUCCCCUGAUGUCCGCUCCCGGUGCCCAUCUCUUUCCCCUCCCCAAGCAACAGGAUGAAGUUACUUUCCCUGCGGCGGGAUGCCAAGCAGACAGAACGAGCGUUCGAACGACGGAAACCACAUGCCCGUCUUUUCCGCGACUGUUUUUCCUUUGGCCGUUGUCUGCCAUCAAGACAACCCCGUCGUCGUCAUCGUCGUUGAGUGAAGAGGGUUCGAGCGUGCGAGUGAUAUUCCGUGGACUCGCCCUCCUGCUUUGUGAGGCCGUGGGGAGCUCGAGGUGGGCCUGGGAGACUGUCAGGUUGGAUACCGAGUGUUUCGAUGCCACGUCCUCCCAACUCCGUCUGUUGACUGCUAGUCGUCGCCUUUGGGAUGGGGCGCAGAAUCGCUUCUGAGCUUGGCACCAGAAUCGGAUCUGACAGGCGUUAGCAGCGCGUGACUAUGGCACUGCAGUUCCUGGGGUCAGACCAGUUGACGUUAGCGCCGCUUGGGGCUUCAACAGUCAGCUUCUCGUGGUGGUCGGCUUGUUACCAUCUCUAGCUGUUGAUGCAGGGGCGGACCAGUUGUUCAAGUAUCGCCCAGCCGGACAGAGGGUGUGAUGCACCUCCUGUGCGUUUCUGCAAAACCACUCGGGAAGCUUAAUGUGGAAGCUUCCUACUCGAAGACAAAACAGGGGGCGAUCGCAAACCCUUGCACGUGCGGCUUCAUACCCCCGCUGUCUUUCGCUUGAUGUUGGACUGCCUCUCAGCUUGCCUUUGAC